UUAAAGAUAACGUAAGUCAUAUGCUUGAUUAUUCAUCUUAACAUGUAUUUGUAACGAUGUGGAGGAAAAUCCGUAUAUAAACAUUUCAUUUGUGUUAAAAUGUUUUAGGAUUUACAAUAGUGUACAAUUUGUUAUUUUUGUUGGAGGUAAUAAAUUAAACACAAAAUAUAAAUAUUACACAAACUGAUAUCACAAUGUAUCUGGACUCAGAGUUAAGUGUUUUUCCAACGUCAGGCUUUCCAUAUGAAUCAACCACCAUUACUCCAAUCACUUCGACCAAAAGUGCCGACGACGACGCGGCGGUAAGCCUCACCUGGCUGAUACCCAUCGUCAUCGGCGUCGUCGUCGUCAUGUUGUUUCUAGCCCUUGGACUAUUUUACUGUAUACGAAAUUUAGAGUUAUGUUUCCUGACGCGAUGCCCGGAGUGUUGCCCGUGCUGUGUGCCCGAGGACGAAAGGGACGAGAACAUCCCUCUACAUUCCGCGUAUGGACAUUAUCGAGAAAGUUACCGAGACGAUUCGUACACCAUCAACAGCAAAUCCUGAGAGCGUGGAGAUCUUAGAGCUUCUUGAAACUUGAAACACCUAGGACCAUAGAUGACGCGUUUAAAACGUAUACACACAUACUUGAUUAUUUAAUUAGAUAUUUGAACAACUCGCUGAUCAUAAAAAUAUAUCUCCUGGUUAAAUGGUGGUACAGUGUUUACAGUUUCAUCUACUAUUGUUGUCAACUUAUGGUGACCAUAUAAUUUGAAGAUUAAAUGUAGUUUUCGUAAGAGCAACAGAACGUCAUUAGAAGAAAGCGUCUGUUUUAAAAUGCAGUUUAAAUUAGAUAUAAGAACUAUGCUUCCAUGAUAAGAACUGUUUUUCAUUUAUUGUUUUGCAGUUAUAAACGCGUUUAUAAUGUUCACAUUGUUACAAUAAACAUGAUAUUAUUUCAUCCUUAUUUAUUUUUGCAUGUACAUUUCUUUUAAAUAAAUAAAUAUUUUUUAUUUUCCACUGUUAUGCUUUAACUUCCCGGACGAAGUAAAUGUGUAUUUAAUGUACAAAAUAAUUAAUGUAAAUUGUUAAAUCGCGUCUGAAAACUUGUUUGAGUUAUGCAUUUUCAUGUUUAUUGAACCCUAACAGUGUGAAUUUCGCUUAUUAGUGCACCGUUCUUAUGUGUAUGUAUUAUGUUUAUCUUUCAACUACUACCAAACGCCCUUAGCGAACUUUAGCUAUGUGGGCAAUUAUUCUAUUAACGAUAUGUAACAACGACUUGAUUGUUAGUCUUCCUAUUGUCUGGCAUUGACAUUUGUACAUGUUUCAUUAUGUUUAAUUGUUUCCAUGUGAACUGAUGUGUGUAUAAGUCUCCAUCAUCGAUUCAAUACUUGUUAUGAACGAGCAACAUACUUUGUGUUAUAAUCUGCCCACAUUGGCUUUGGAUUUAUUGCAUAUUUUAUGUUGUGCAUAUUGAAAUCAUGUCCCUUUUUACUGAGAUUCACUUUUGACGAUUUGAUCUUCUCCAAUGAGUUUUGUUAAAAUAAAUUUGCAAAAACG